AUGACAUCCACUACUUCCACAACGACAACCAAAACCACAACCCCACCAGCCAAAAAGAACAAGAAUAUUCCAGCAGAAUCAGCCCUGGACCUCAGCGCCAACUUCGCCAACAACCGCAAAGGAGCCGUGGGCUAUGACCACGAGGUUUACCUCCAACUAACGGCGGGGAGGAACGCGGAGAAGACGCCGAAUCAGAUGUAUCGGGAGGAACGUGUUCGCCAGAGGACUACGAGGGCUUUGGAUCCGGCGAUUUUGGAUCCACAGGGGGAGCCUGGGCCGGUGGAUUUCGAAUGUGCAGAGCAUGAGGGAGUUAAGGAACGGUUGAGGUAA